AUGAACCAAUUCACAUCUUCAAUUCUCGUCCUUUUAGUUGUUCUCAGCUUUCAUGGAGUUACUGCUGAUGUAGUAAAUGAUGUAUGCAGAAAGGCAUCAGGAAGUAAUCCGAGUGUUACUUAUGGAUUUUGCUCCAAAUCUUUUGAAGCCAACCCUAAAAGUAGAUCUUCUAAUAUUUAUGGUAUUGGCGAAAUAUCAAUGGAGUUAGCUUUACGCAAGGCUGCUUCUGUGACUUCUCUCAUCAAUACUAUUUUAAAUGGUGGUGGAAAAGUGUCUCCAGAUGUUAGAGGAGCCUUGGUAUCUUGUCAGAAUAAUUAUAAGACUGUUGUCCGUAGUGUUCAAGGUGCAAUCAGUGCUUAUAAAGGUAGGGAUUUGGCAGGUGCUAAUCAACAGAUCUAUAAUGCCAUGGACGCUGGACAGAGUUGCAAAGAUGAGUUUCAAGCUGGAAUGGUUUCUCCCACAGAAAAAGAUGUUCAAGAUUUCGUUCUAUUGACUUAUAUUUCAUAUACCAUUAUCGGCAUGAACGCUUGA